AUGAGCUUCGUCACACGCCGGGCGCUUUCCACGCUCAUCCCCCCCAAGGUCGCUUCCCCCAAGGCCAUUGGUGCGGCCCCCGACGCUGUCCGCAUGCAGCGCGUUGUCAACUUCUACGAGAAGCUCCCCCGCGGCGCCGCUCCCGCCGUCAAGCCCACCGGCAUUCUCGGCAAAUACCAAGCCAAGCACUUCGGCAAGAACGCGUCGGCGAAGCCUAUUAUCCACGCCAUUGUGUUCCUGCUGGUCGUUGGCUAUGCCCAGAACUACUACUUCCAUCUCCACUCGGCGGUCCCUGUGUCAUGCACAGUCCACAUGUUAUCGACCUCUCUUGAACCCUUCGCCAAGUGCCAUUCGCUUUCCAAGCCUGUCAGUCAGUCGGCGAAAAGAGAAUCAACCAGCCGCAUCGCCUCUCUCAGCGGAACCAUCACUCCCACAACCCUUUCCCCUCCGAUUCCCUCCCACGCCCCGGUCCCUUCCCUUCCUUUAACCUUCCCGCAAUACCCGGCCGACUCUCGAUUUAAAGGGAUUCCCAUUCCCUCGGUCUCCAUCUCCAAUACAGAAAUUAGGGAGAAAGACAUACCAACACCAUUAAUUCCUCGAGACCCCGCGAUUACCCGAACGCGCAAUCAGCGAAUUCCUCCCAAGUUUGAUCGCCAGCGACCUGACAACCGUAGGAUGGCAACUGAGUCACCCAAGCAGCGAUCCGAUGAAGCUACUCUGACUUCUUCCGCCGAGCCCCUGCCCCGCGCCGCGCCCCAGACGAUCAAGAUCGCCAACGAUUCGCAGAAUGUUGAACUCAACCCACCGCACAUAAAUGGCGAUGCCACGGACGAGUUCGAAAACAAGCACAUUUCCGACAUCGUUGACGACUUGGUAAACUCGACAGAAGUUAGCAUUAGUGGAGGAUCUGACACCGAAGCCACGAAAUCCGAUGCUUCUAAGGGAAAGGACGGCGCAAAAGGCCACGGCCGCGUCUCCUCAUCAGUGAAAAAGCCCGCGGCCUUCAAAGCGAUCAACGUCAACAAGACCUUCCUCACAUCCAAGGCCCCCGCCCCGGGUGUCCAACCCAAGGUUGCGGAGAAGGCGCCUGUGACCCCGAGCGCCGCAUCUCCCGUCCCUGGAACCGCGACGGUCAGCCGACCCAGCGCAGCUGUCCCUCCACCGGAACCGAAGAAGUACACCGACGAGGAGCUGAAAAAGUAUGGGAUCCACAUGGCGACACGGCUCCAUCCCGAUGCCGCGAAAGGGCAGUCCAACUGGGCCGAUAUAGAUGAUGACGACGAGGACUGGGACCCCGAUACCAUCACGUGGCAGGACGGAACUAAAAUCGCGAUCGCACCUCCCGAGGAACCUCCGGCCGCCGCCGCGCCAGAACCUAUCGUCGUCCGCCCGGUUGUGAAGGAGAACGCGCCCGUUGCGGUGGAAAAAGCGAAAUCACCGGCCCCUAGUACAUCACCAGCCGUUAAGCCCGGCGUGCUGGGUUCCGGGAAGGGUCUGGUACUGAAAGGCGCGCCUGAAAAGCCGACUCUGGUUGCGAAGCCCCCAGCGCCGCCCGCGCCCGCCAAGUCGCCAUGGGCACCCCUCCCGAAGAUCGACAAAGUUUCCCCGAUCGCCGCGGAUACGCCAGUCCAAGCAGCGCCAAAACCUCCGCCAACUCAGAUGCACCCAUCACAUGGUCAACUGCCCCCCAAGGAGAUUGCGGCAGACGAUUUUAGCAGGGCACCUUGGCGGGACGGCGCCCCAGCUCCGAACAGGGAGCUUUUUAAUUCGCAAUCCGGCCGCUACGAGCCAGUUCUGGACCGCCGCGGCCCGGUGCGCCAGGAGCCCCAGUACGGGCGGCAGCCGGCGGUCAUGCAGCGGCCAGGGCACCACGAACAAUAUGGGCAGAUGGAUCAUCCGGGGCCCUUCCAAACAGCCAGGAACGAGCAGCAAGGUCCAUAUGGGCGGAGACGCGGGUCUUCCAAUGCUAGUGGCGGAAGCGGGAGCUGGCAACGCCCCAAAGGCCUCGAGCACUCUCUCCCUCCGCCCGACCUAAUCAAUGCGCGUCGCGCAUCCGCGGCCGGAGGAAGCGAUGGCCCCGCCUCUCCGAGGAAUUUCCCCCCGUCCGGCACCCAAGGCGGGCCACACCCCGGCCAGGCGUGGCAGCCCAAGGCUUCUCCCAACGUGGCCCAUGCGACACCUCAUCCGAGCGAAACGGCUGCCGAGGGCCGUGUCCUGCCGCCCUCCGUUCAACCGUCACCAGUGCCCGCGCCUGCAGUCCCUGUUACGGAAGAUGAUUAUGAACUGCAGAAACGAUUGAUGCGGGAACGCCGGGAACUCGCCAUGAGGCGCCGCCAAGAGGAAGAGGCCCGAGAAGAGGCCGCACGCAAGGAGAGGAUUCGUCUGAAGUUGGAGGCAUUGGGACCCGCCCCCGAAUCGAACAAGGCCAAGAAGGCGGCAGCGAAGGAACAAGCCGUAACACCCACCCAAAUCCAACCUCGUGAGACGAGCAGCUCCGAGAACCCCGCGGCCGCCGAGUCGCACGAGGCUGAGGACGAGGCUCCCCGAGUGGUCAUCCCCCAGCCCAAACAACAAAUCCUCCCGCCCGCUGGGCCGCCACCACAGACUAAUCCGCCGGUUGAGAGCGUCGAGUCACGUUGCAGGCAGAAGGCCGUUCGUUUGUCGGAUGUCCAGCCCGCUAUCAAAGACACCUGGCGCCCGACGAAGCUCGACGAUUCCGGCGUGCGCACCGAGGGCAUCGGAAAGCAGACGGUCCAGAUCGGGCACGAAAACCCGUGGGCUUCCACUCCGGAGGGCAAAGCCGCGGCGGCGCAGCAAGCGGCAUCGGUGUCGAGCGGCACCCCAUCCGAGUACAAUCAACUUCCUCAGGCCAGCGUGCCCGCUCGCGAUGUCGCGUCGGCACCCAUGAUCGGCGCCAAGACGGCCACGGCCCAGGGCAGGGGGUCACGUUUCUUCCCCUCUCGCGAUGUCCGCCAAGAAACCCGCGAUAUCCGGUUGGAGCUGAGCGCCGAAGCGCUGCGGCAGGAAUCGCCUUCGCCACCGCCUCCGGAUAUGGUUGGCCAUCCCGCUUUUGACGGCGACGCCACCCACCCGCAUGUUUCCUUGCCGCGACCGUACCCUGUUGUUCGGCUCCCUCCCUCAGCGGCGAAGGAAACGCCCGAGGUAAGCCGGGCGCCUACCGGCCCCUCGAAACCGCAAGGGCCCAGCUUUGCGUGGGCGUCGCAACCGGCAUACAAGGAGCCGGACAAUGCACCGCGGGGGCCUACUCCGAAGCCGGACAACGCUUGGCAGGCCAAGAUCGACAACCUGUUGGGCGGACGCAAGGUGCACCCGUCCAGGGCUGCGGGAGUCGAUGUCCGGGUUCCGCCUCAACCGCAGGAGUCUUCACAUCCUGGACCACUUGGACCGAUCGCGGAAACGGAAGGGUCGACCACUACCAAAGUGAUGGCCGAGGAGUGCUUCGAGGAGCAGGAGAUGGGCUCGUUGCCUCCCAUCCGAUUUCCGAAAACGGUACCAGAGAUGGCGUGGCAGCCCAGCCCGGCGCCCAAGCCUCUUAGCAAGAAGCUCUGGCCCGUAGUGCUCAGCGCGGACGCUAUUAACUUCCCCGUCGACGUGUCAGGAGCCGGCAAUGUGUGGCGUGUCUGUAUCCCUGGUAGCGAGAGCAGGAAUAUCACGGUCCCGUUCGGACGGGCACGCAGCAACCCACGCAGGGGGGGAUCGCGCGGCGGGCGGCAUAGCUCGUCGGCGCAGCAUAGGCAGGGGAAGGGCCGCGAGUCGUCUUCCUCGUAUUCGGCGGAGCAACGCGACACCGCGGGUUCCGGAUCCAACCCGUCACAUGGCAGAGGCCACCGUGGUAGUGGCUAUCGGGGGCGGGAGAACUGGUCGCGCAAUCCGUCGAACCAGAUCCAAACGUAA